AGCCAUCUGGCAGCUGCUGCAAUGUCAGCUAGCAUCAGCGGCACCAGUGGCGGUGGCGGAGGAGCAGAAAGUUGGCAGCCGUUUGUACGGAGAGCACUCGAGCGAUUGGUGGCAGAAAAAGACUCGAAGAGAUGUACCCAGCUAAGACAGUUGUGUCAAGAGUCAUUGAAAGAACUGCCUCCAGACCCGGAUGAAUCCUCUGGGCCAGGCCGAGGAGCGCUACCUGGUCCCUGUGAAGCCCUCGAACAGCAGAAUAAUGCUGCACAUAUUUUUAUGACUCCCUUCGAACUAGCUUGUCAGAGUAAAUCGCCCAGGUUGACCGUCAUAGCGCUGGAUUGUGUUCAGAAGCUAGUGGCGUACGGUUAUCUUUUAUCUGGUCAGGACCGGAUAGUUGAAGUAAUUUGCGGCUGUUUUCUUGGCCCACAGACGGAUGAAAAGGUUCAGCUGCAAAUAUUAAAAGCUUUAUUGACGCUGCUCACAUGUGCCUGCUGCGAGGUGCAUGAAGGAGCUGUUUUACAGGCUGUACGAACGGCGUACAAUAUCUAUCUGGCUUCCCGAAGUCUCGUCAACCAAACAACAUCGAUUGCCACGCUAACUCAGAUGUUGUCAGCAAUAUUCCUUCGAAUGGAACGGGCGCCGCAGGAUGAUGAAGCUAUAAUUGCAAACGUUCUACACGAUAUUGUCAGCCAGGUCGCUAAGGAUGGUGAGCCUUCGCCUGCAACGCACUUCGCGCACAUUACGCACAAAGACGCCUUCUUGGUCUUCCGUUCACUGUGCAAACUCUCGAUGAAGCCCCUGCCUCACGAAACUAAUGGGAACACCACUCACACAGGGACCUUAACUCAACAACAACUUGAUCCCAAGUCUCACGAGAUGAGAUCAAAGAUCCUGUCUCUUCAGCUUUUGCUGUCGGUGAUCCAGAAUGCGGGUCCAGUCUUUCGCUCGAAUCCGGUGUUCAUCAACGCCAUCAAGCAGUACCUUUGCGUAGCGCUCUCUAAGAACGGGGUUUCCCCGCUCCCAGACGUGUUUCAGCUUUCGGUGACAAUCUUUUUGGCGCUGUUGGACAAAUUUAAGACGCACCUUAAGAUGCAAGUAGAAGUUUUCUUCCGUGAAAUUCUUCUUGGUAUUCUCGAGAGUCAGUCAGCCUCGUUCAGCCACAAGUGGAAAGUUGUACAGGUGCUAACCCGACUCUGCGCGGAUUCACAGUCGAUUGUUGACAUUUAUGUAAAUUACGACUGCGACCUGAUGGCCGCGAAUAUUUUCGAAAGAUUGGUUAUGGAUCUAGCCCGUUUGGCACAGAGUGGUUCAGAAGCAGCCGAGCGAAGUAUGCGAGUGAAGUCUCUCGAGUGUCUGGUCUCGCUUCUCAGAUGUAUCGUUGAGUGGGGAGCUCCUAGACCAGGGGGAGAUACGGAGAAAGACGACGGGUCCCAACGUCAGGGGCUCCACAGGAACAAUCAAGGUGGGCGUGAAGUCGAUGGAAACUCUGCUGAACAACUUCAGGUAGUAAAACAGCAAAAGGAAAUAAUUGAGCAGGGCAUCGAGCUAUUUAAGCGAAAACCCGCCAAAGGUCUCCAGUUUCUACAAGAACAAAAGAUUGUUGGGGAUAUGCCCGAAGAUAUAGCGCGCUUUUUCCAUUCCGAGCCACGACUCGAUAAAAUGCAAAUAGGAGAGGUAAUUGGUGAUCCUGAUCCGUUUAAGCGUUUAAUUAUGAGCGCAUAUAUCGAUCAGAUGGACUUUUCGGGGAAGGAAAUUGUGGCUGCAUUACGGCAUUUUCUUGAAGGCUUUCGGCUACCAGGCGAGGCGCAGAAAAUCGAUCGACUCAUGGAAAAGUUCGCCUCGAGAUAUUUUGAGAACAACCCUGGCGGCGUGUUUGCUUCCGCUGAUACGGCAUACGUACUUGCUUACUCAAUCAUCAUGCUUACAACUGAUUUACACAGCCAACAGGUUAAACACAAAAUGACGAAGGAGCAGUACAUCACUAUGAACCGUGGUAUCAAUGAUCAGGCUGAUUUACCUUCCGAUUACCUAUCGCGAAUAUACGAUGAGAUUGCCGAAAACGAAAUCAAAAUGAAGCCCUCAGCAUCAACAGGUCGACUUUUGAGCAAUAUGCAGCUUGAACAAAUCGCGUCGACUGCCAAUGCCCUAAUGGAGUCAGUAUCCCAUGUGAAUGCAGAGUUCCAGUGCGCCAGUCAGGUGGAGCAUGUGGUACCGAUGUUUCGCCUAGCUUGGACACCUUUUCUGGCGGCAUUCUCUGUCGGGUUACAGGAUUGUGACGAACCCGAAGUAGCUACACUUUGCCUAGAAGGGAUUCGGCUCGCAAUAAGGAUAGCAUGCAUUUUCAGAUUGGAACUGGAGCGCAAUGCGUAUGUAGCGGCCCUGGUUCGUUUCACUCUUCUAACGGCUGAAGGUGGCGCGGCAGUAGCAGCCGUGGAUAUGAAGGCCAAAAACGUCGCGACCAUUCGUACAUUAAUCUCCGUUGCCCAGCACGAUGGAAAUCUUUUGGCAACUUCCUGGCUAGACAUAUUAAGAUGUGUCUCACAGCUAGAAAUGACAGAACUAUUCGGUUCAUUAAGUAAACAGCAAUCUGCUACUGGCGGACAACAGGUAGCCGAGGCACAGCAGCAGGGCUUGGUGGUAGCUGUCGACCGAAUAUUCACGAACUCGGCGAACUUAGACGGAAACGCCAUUGUCGAUUUCGUUAAAGCUCUGUGUCAAGUUUGCAUGGAGGAGCUAACACAUAAACGGCUUUUUUCCAUGCAUAAGAUUGUGGAAAUUUCUUACUACAACAUGGCCCGAAUUCGUCUGCAGUGGUCUCGUAUCUGGGAAGUACUUGGGGAACAUUUCAAUACAGUGGGAACCUAUCCCGACGAACAUAUUGCAUAUACCUCGAUUGAUUCUUUGCGUCAACUUUCAUUCAAAUUUCUAGAAAAAGGAGAAUUUGCUAAUUUUCGCUUCCAAAAAGAAUUUCUUCGCCCUUUUGAGCACAUCAUGAAAAAGACCCCAUCGCGCAAUAUCAAGGAACUCGUAGUGCACUGUGUAGCUAGCAUGGUGCACGCGCAUUCGGCCAGCAUUCGCUCAGGCUGGACGAACGUCUUCUCAGUCUUCCAUUUAGCUGCGUCGGAAAAAGAUGACACUCUCGUCGACACGGCAUUCCAAACGACAUUGCGCAUCAUUACCCAAGUGUAUGAAGCACAGUUUCCGCAUCUGGUCGAUUCUUUUCAGGACGCUAUUAAGUGCCUGUCCGAAUUUGCGUGUAACGCACAUUUUCCCGAUACAUCGAUGGAGGCUAUUCGGUUAAUUCGACAUUGCGCUAAAUAUGUCGCCGAGCGGGCUGACUUAUUCCGGGAAGUCAGUGCCUCUGAUGUCCCUUCAACGGCUACAACCACCGCCACGCCGACGGCAACAGCAACAGGAACUGGACCAGCAAUCUCAGCACCUGCACAGCAAUUUCAUCAACAAUUGCAAGAUACGCAACAGCAACAAUCUGUUAAUGCUGCGACAGUAGGCGGAAACAUUGGGGGAUCAGAAGACCGCCUUUGGGUACGGGGCUGGAUUCCAAUUCUGUUUGAACUGUCAUGUAUCGUGUCCCGGUGCAAGCUCGACGUGCGCACGCGUGCCCUCACAGUCCUCUUUGAAGUGGUGAAGAGUUAUGGAAGUACAUUUGCCACGCACUGGUGGCACGAUCUCUUCCAGCUUGUUCUGCGCAUCUUCGACAAUAUGAUAAUGAAAUUGCCGGAGAGUGGCCCGGAAAAGUCGGAAUGGAUGACAACCACGUGCAAUCAUGCUCUGUACGCGCUCAUCGAUGUAUUCACUCAGUACUACACUGUUCUUUCUGGUCUUCUUCUCGAUGACCUUUACACGUUGCUAUUGCAGUGCGCACGACAAGACAAUAAGCAGUUAGCAAAAAGCGGCACCAACUGUUUGGAGAACUUUGUUGUUAGCAACGGAACUCGUUUCAGCGAGCAAAUCUGGGUGAAAACGUGCAACUGCAUUGUUGAGAUGUUCGAAGCGACUGCGCCUCAGCAACUGCUCACCUGGAAAGAAGGGGAAGAGCGUAUGUUUCCGCUGCUGCGUAUUCAGUGCACCGUUCAAAUGGAGGUAAUCCAGAGUGUCGAUAAUGUUGUUUUUUUCCCCGCGACCUCGAGAAAAGAAGAACAAGAAUUACUCCAAGGAAUCGUCGCCAAGAAUAAUGCCAACAUCUAUCCACCCCCAGAAGAUGAUCUUGGAAUGUUCAAGCAUUUGCGGUGUGAACAUCUUUUGGUGCUGGUCGAUUGUCUGACGCGAUCGCAUCGUUUAGCCAAAUCAUUUAAUCGGAAUUCAAGUCAGCGGUCGAUUCUCUGGAAAGCGGCUUUCAGGGGUAAUGUGAAGCCCGACCUAUUACCCCAGGAGACAGCUGCUAUUGCGUGCGCUCUACGUAUCCUUUUUAGAAUGUAUGCAGAUCCUUUGCGCACAAAAUCCAGGCCGUUGGUGGAGACCCGCUUAGUCGAGCUGUCUCGGGAAUCGCUUUCAUAUUUCCUUUCAUUGGAUGCUGAGCAUUACCGUAAAGCUUGGUCUAUGAUUGUCCUUCUGCUUAUCUCUCGACUAAACCGUCUCGACGACAACCAGUUUCAGCGGCACUCGGCACUCCUUUAUCCGUACCUCUGCGACUUCAUAUGUCAGCCGGAUCUAAAACCAGCUCUUGUAAAGCCCCUUCGAGAGUUCUUUGUGCGUUGCGGUGUGGCAUUUGGCGUGACGUCAACAGUAGAGGUAAUCACAACAUCAAGCAAUGCUGAUAACAACCAAGAAAUAAAGGAAUUAGAAAGAUCUCUAACGCCUUCUAGCAAUUGUGGUCGAACAAAGACAUCUUUAGACAUCGCUGGUGACAACGCGGCUAUUGCGGCGGACGAUUCGUGCGAUGCGCGGCGCACUGUAAAAGCCAACGGACACCACUGUAGUGAGCAUGAUAGUACUACUGAGCAUUAUUAUUGCCACCAAAAUUACUGAGCUAUUAAACAAAAUGGAGAACAUGAUUGAAGUGGUAACUUGUGAUAGGGGUUUUGCACUAAUUAGUAUUGUUAAGCCUAAAAUAAUAAGGCAAUGAGAAUAAGAGCGGUAAUUACGUAAGCAAAAACAAAUGACACGAGGCAAAUGUGAAGUUUUGUAUCACUACUUCGGAGAUUUUUUGCUCCGAGCUUUUUGUUGAUAAUGAUCUAGGGGCAUAGUAUAACUGUAGGGGCAAUAUAUAUAUAUAUAUAUAUAUAUAUGAGUUACGAUAACCUACUGCUAAGCGAUAGGGAGGAUGAAUACGUUGUUGAUACCGAGACUUCAUAACGAAUAACUUACCGUGCUGCAUGUUUUAUUAUAUUUGGCACACAACUCUACGGAGUCCUGUACAGAAUAAUAGAGCAGAUAUAUAUAUAUAUAUAUAUAUAUAUAUAUAUAUAUAUCGUCCAGCCCGUAUGCGGUGAGUUAACCAUAUUCCCUAUGUAAGUUAGUUCCAUGGGAAGGAUGUCAGCAAAAUGAAGGGAAGUGCUUACGAAGAUUAAAGAUAGCUAAAGGAAACGGACGCCGAUCGAAGGAAAAUAAUAUAACGAAAAAACGUCCAUUAUGAUCGAUUUGAUAAAGUCACAUUUGUGUUGACAUAGAUGGUUAUAAUACAGUCUAUGCAAAAAAUGUUAGAUACAAUCGAUGGCGAUUCAGUCAGCAAAUUAACCUUUUUUUCGUGUCUGGAGCAUCUUCUUUUCGUAGCAAAAUAAUAAGAUCAAAUAGAAAUGUUUUCGCUCAUCUUUCAUCAUAUAUAUAUAUAUAUUUAUUUUAUCGUAUGAAUUAGCAAUUCAAGAAAAAAAAAUUUAUAGAAUUAACCGGAAAGGGUUUUGUUUUGCUCUAGUAAAUAAAAUUGUACUUCGCAUAUUUUCACUACGGUGCAUAUUAAAUUUCGACCAAUAAUUAAUGCGACUUAAAACAAAGUGACCACUCGGUUAUUCACCAUUGGACCCCAAAGUGUUAGUGACACCAGAUUUCAAAAACUGAAAAACAACUGGAUAUAAAUCGAAAAAUAUAGCACAACAAUACGUGAUAGCCGGUAGACUAGAAAAAGGAAUAAAAAAAAUCGAGGUUAUUUAAGGCUGGCGUAAAUUUUGCACAGAUGAGCACUGACCUCGGAUAAACGGGCAGUUGACUGAGAUGAAGACAAGCCUGUUAUUCUUAUAAUACAAUAAUACACGGCGAAGCCUGCGCAUUCUAACGAGUACAAACAAAUGUUUAUUGUUUAGGAGUGGUAGAUACGAACGUACACUUAGAAAACGUAACGACGAAAAAUACGCCUAUGCGUUGCUAUUGAGAUCAGACGGAGUACUCACUGUACGCAAGUCAUUUGUUCGGUCGUCAAUAGAAAGAAAAUUAACGACUGUAGAAUUAACGGAAACAUUGUCCAAUCAAAGAAAGGAACAAGGAAGGAACGAAUUACUCAACAAUCUACUGUAGUUAGUCCGAACGUUCUAUCUCAUCGUAUUAUGUUGAAGAAAGAGUGAUGAUAUAUCUAUGAUAAAUAAAAAAGUUUAUUAAGAAUCACAAAUAUUAUUAUAUUAGAACCACAUAUAUGGUCAACGGAUGAACGUACGGGUGAAUUCAAAAGAGAUUCUAAAUAAACACGUCGGAAAAUCGAUACGAAUUUACUAAGAUAUUGCGAUCUCACUGUUUGUGUUCAGAAGUGAUAGAAUUAGAAGUCUUAAAGUACCACUUCUGAAAAACCUUUUGCUAUUUCACCACCAUAUUGAGUAAAUAUGUGUCAUGACAGGGUUUGAACCGGUCAGUGAUUCCAGCAAAACGUUACUAAAUGUACAACUUGGUUAGAAACAACGAAUCCAACUAGCCUACCGCUCUUAGACGUUAAACUUAGAGGUUGUGAUUAAGAAUAAGUAAAGCGCCAAUGGACUUUUACGCGCCUCUCACGUGAUAUAUUUUUUUAGGAAAUUUCUAUGUAAAAA